GAAAAAGCUCACCCGGCUGAAGUACCACCGCUAAGAGAUGGAUGGCGGACGGCCACAGCGUGUUUCGGCUCGGACAUCAAGUGUUCCCAGUACGAGCUCCAAUGUCCUCCCGGAAGCCGCAUCGCCUUAGGUCGUCUUUGGUACGGCCGGAAGACAGGCAUAGAGGUCUGCCUAUUUGGAGUCUCGAAUUGCAACACGACAGCCGCGAGAGUCUGCUGUAACUAUAAUUCAAGAGAUGAGUUUUGGGAAUUUACCGAAGCCAACAGGUCUAGCGUGGUUGAAAGAUGCGAAGGGAAGCAAUCGUGCAAGGACUGGGCGCCUCGCUCAUCGUCGACCCCGUCAUCACAUUACGUCUACAUGACAUACGCAUGUCUUACUGUGUCCAACUCGGUAGGAAUGUGUACACAAACGACACUUACGAGCAACAGUCUCUUUCUGGAGUUCAACCUUUCUCAGGACUACAAACUACCAAGUCUCAUAAACGGCACGAACGACUGUAGUUGUAGAAUCACGACGGAGAAUUGCCAUGCUAAACUAAACAUGACGGUCGUUGAUUUAAGGCUAGAAAAGGCUUUCAACUUGUCCAGCCUUACUUCAUAUUGUUCGCAUUCCUAUUUGCAGGCAGUUAAAUCAAACAAAACACUCCGUUGCUCUGAGCCGUAUAACUCAUCCAGAAUUGAAAGAAUGAAGAGUAUCACAAUACCGUCCAGUAUAGAGAUUAUUUCUCUGAGGAAUUUAUAUCAAAGUGGCAGCAGUGACUCUCCAAGCUUUGUUUUAUUAAGCUUUCAAGCCAUUCCUGAUGGGCCGGUCACUGUGAAAUGUUUCGCACCGGGAAUUAAAGCAUCAAACAAUGACCCUCAAUGUUUAACCACCACAGUCUUUCCUCAGAGUCGGACAACAAUCGCACCACCAUCAGUCACCACGUUGUCAUCAAGUACACACAAAACUACUUCUACAUAUAGCACACCGUCGACUCAAGGUAUCAGACAAACCUCUGGCACCACAACAACAAAUACUGAUUCAGUGGGUCAACGCACGACAGUCUUUGGGCAUUCCACAACGGAUUUUGAGCAUCACAAUACGCAACUAACUAUGAUUCCAUCCAAAAUCGCACCGUCUGCUGCAAUAUCUUCUUCACCAUUUUCAUCUCCAGCAAUUACUCCAUCAUCACCUAUAUCACCAAAAUCAUCACUAACAACGCCGUCCAAUAUUUUCACGUCAGAUAUCACCAUGACCGGUAUUCCACAUACAUAUUCUAAACCACAUAUAGAACAAACAUCAGACAGUGCCUUGACAAAUACUUCAACAAUACAAACAUUUACCAGUGCGAUUCCAAGUUUCACUGCAAGAGUUAGCGAUAAGGACAAUUCUCUUAAAAUAAUUUUAUCCACAAACACACUGCAGACAUCAACUAGUUCUGCCUCAUCUGAUAUGUCUUCUGAAAGUAGGUCGACGCACUUUGUUUCAACAAACGGAGCAGAUGAAACAACGACUAUUGUUACGAAAGAUACCAAUGGAGGAAACAAGGAGGGACUUAUUAUUGGAAUAACCGUCGCUGUGGUUUUAAUCAUCCUUAUUCUUGUUGCUAUCGCAAUGUUGUGUCUAUGUGUCAGAAUCAAAAGAAAAGAGGCUGUACGUAGAGAUUCCAUCAGAAAUACGAACAUAUUUUACUCUUUUCCACAAGAUCUGGAAGACACAGAAAGUAUACAGUCUAGCAAUGCAGUGUCCACUCCGAGAGAAGCAACAAUGUUUCCCGCGGAUUUGUUUCAGCCAGAUCCGGGAACAAACAAAGCGCCUAAAGAGAGUACUGUAGGUCGUCUGCAGUUUGAAAGCUACACAAAGGAACAUGUAACCAAGGACCUAGGUAUUUACUCAGAAAGUAAUGGUGAGUUUUCAAGAAUGCCGAACGACAGUUUUGCAAGUGAGACAAGUGAGGAGACUAUUGCUUUUGACAACGAAACAGUGCACAUAAUGCCUGAAAAUGGAGACGUAAAAACAAGCAUGAAUGGAGUGAAGAGCGUUAGCUUUGAUCAGAAUGCUUUAUACGCGAAAGUCAUCAAGGAAGGGAAGACCAAGUUAUAGAAAGUUGGAAAACUAUGGCAAACAAUAUCAGACAAAGCACCGAUGUUACCGGAUCUUCUUAAGAUAUAUAGAUGUUUUAUUAAACAAUGCGUAUUUGUAAACUGUUUUAUGUGUCAGUAAUUUUGGUAAAGUAUUAAAUAUUUA